UGUCAAUCACGGGGUGGGGGGGAAGACUCCAAACACAGCCUGGAGCUGGAGAACAGCGUUUACCGGCGGAGCGGCCGGUUUUAUGAAUGAAGCCAUGGCUACAGAUUCACCUAGAAGGCCCAGUCGUUGUACUGGUGGAGUUGUGGUUCGCCCUCAAGCUGUCACAGAGCAGUCCUACAUGGAAAGUGUUGUGACUUUUCUACAGGAUGUUGUGCCACAGGCUUACAGUGGAACACCUCUAACAGAAGAAAAGGAGAAAAUAGUCUGGGUCAGAUUUGAAAAUGCAGAUUUAAAUGACACAUCAAGGAAUCUGGAGUUUCACGAAGUGCACAGCACAGGCAGUGAGCCUCCGCUGCUGGUCAUGAUCGGCUACAGUGACGGAAUGCAGGUCUGGAGCAUCCCUAUCAGUGGGGAGGCUCAGGAGCUCUUCUCUGUGCGACACGGCCCGAUCCGAGCAGCCCGGAUCUUGCCUGCUCCACAGUUUGGUGCUCAAAAGUGUGAUAACUUCGCUGAGAAAAGACCCCUUCUUGGUGUUUGUAAGAGCAUUGGAUCUUCAGGUACAACUCCACCUUACUGCUGUGUGGAUCUGUAUUCACUUCGUACUGGGGAGAUGGUCAAAUCCAUUCAGUUUAAAACACCUAUUUACGAUCUCCACUGUAACAAGAGGAUCCUCGUCGUAGUCUUGCAGGAGAAAAUCGCUGCCUUUGAUAGCUGUACUUUCACAAAAAAAUUUUUUGUCACAAGUUGUUAUCCCUGUCCUGGGCCAAACAUGAACCCUAUUGCUCUUGGAAGCCGCUGGCUGGCUUAUGCAGAAAACAAGUUGAUUCGAUGUCAUCAGUCUCGUGGUGGAGCCUGCGGAGACAACAUUCAGUCUUACACUGCCACGGUCAUUAGUGCUGCUAAAACACUGAAAAGUGGCCUGACAAUGGUUGGGAAGGUGGUGACCCAGCUGACAGGUACACUGCCCUCAGGUGUGACCGAAGAUGAUGUCACCAUCCACAGCAAUUCACGCCGGAGUCCCUUGGUCCCAGGCAUCAUCACAGUUAUUGACACUGAAACUGUUGGAGAGGGCCAGGUGCUUGUGAGUGAGGAUUCUGACAGUGAUGGUAUUGUGGCCCACUUCCCUGCCCAUGAGAAGCCAGUGUGCUGUAUGGCUUUUAAUACUAGUGGAAUGCUUUUAGUUACAACAGACACCCUUGGCCAUGACUUUCAUGUCUUCCAAAUUCUGACUCAUCCUUGGUCCUCGUCACAAAGUGCUGUCCAUCAUCUGUAUACACUUCACAGGGGAGAAACUGAAGCCAAAGUCCAAGACAUCUGCUUCAGUCAUGACUGUCGCUGGGUGGUGGUCAGUACCCUCCGGGGUACUUCCCAUGUUUUUCCCAUCAACCCUUAUGGUGGCCAGCCUUGUGUUCGCACACAUAUGUCACCGCGCGUUGUGAAUCGCAUGAGCCGUUUCCAGAAAAGUGCUGGGCUGGAAGAGAUUGAACAAGAGCUGACGUCUAAGCAAGGUGGCCGCUGUAGCCCUGUUCCUGGUCUAUCAAGCAGCCCUUCUGGCUCACCCCUGCAUGGGAAACUGAACAGCCAAGACUGUUACAAUAAUUUUACCAACAACAAUCCUGGCAAUCCCAGGCUCUCUCCUCUCCCCAGCCUAAUGGUGGUCGUGCCUCUUGCACAAAUCAAGCAGCCGAUGACACUGGGGACCAUCACCAAACGCACAGGGCCUUAUCUCUUUGGAGCGGGGUGUUUUUCCAUAAAAGCUCCAUGCAAAGUUAAACCACCUCCACAAAUUUCACCAAGCAAAUCGAUGGGUGGAGAGUUUUGUGUGGCUGCUGUCUUCGGGACCUCCAGGUCAUGGUUUGCGAAUAAUGCAGGUCUGAAGAGAGAAAAAGAUCAGUCCAAACAAGUUAUAGUUGAAUCUCUCUACAUUAUCAGUUGCUACGGGACCUUAGUAGAGCACAUGAUGGAGCCCCGGCCCCUGAGCACUGCUCCCAAGAUAAGUGAUGAUACACCACUGGAGAUGAUAACCUCACCUCGUGCCAGCUGGACACUCGUUAGAACGCCUCAGUGGAAUGAGUUGCAACCACCGUUUAAUGCAAACCACCCCCUACUCCUUGCAGCAGAUGCAGUACAGUAUUACCAGUUCCUGCUCGCUGGCCUGGUUCCCCCGGGAAGCCCUGGGCCCAUUACUCGACAUGGGUCCUAUGACAGCUUAGCCUCUGACCAUAGUGGACAGGAAGAUGAAGAAUGGCUUUCUCAGGUUGAAAUUGUGACACACACUGGUCCCCACAGACGUCUGUGGAUGGGCCCACAGUUCCAGUUUAAAACCAUCCACCCCUCAGGCCAGACUACUGUAAUAUCAUCUAGUUCAUCUGUGUUGCAGUCUCAUGGUCCAAGUGACACACCACAGCCUCUUUUGGAUUUUGAUACUGAUGAUCUAGAUCUCAACAGUCUCAGGAUCCAGCCCGUCCGCUCUGACCCAGUCAGCAUGCCAGGGUCAUCCCGUCCAGUCUCUGAUCGAAGGGGAGUUUCCACAGUGAUCGAUGCUGCCUCAGGUACCUUUGACCGGAGCGUGACCCUGCUGGAGGUGUGUGGGAGCUGGCCUGAGGGCUUCGGGCUACGGCACAUGUCUUCCAUGGAGCACACAGAGGAGGGCCUCCGGGAGCGGCUGGCAGAUGCUAUGGCUGAGUCACCAAGCCGGGAUGUCGUGGGAUCAGGAGCAGAACUUCAGCGCGAGGGAAGCAUCGAGACUCUGAGUAACAGCUCGGGCUCCACCAGCGGCAGCAUCCCAAGAAACUUUGAUGGCUACCGGUCUCCACUCCCCACCAAUGAGAGCCAGCCGCUCAGCCUCUUCCCCACCGGCUUCCCAUAGGCACUAGCCACCUGCUUCUGACUGGCCAGUCUGCCAACCUGCUAGAGUGUGGGGGGAGAAGCCCCCCCCCACCUUUGGUCCUAUCCUGCAGUCUCUGCUCCUCUUUUCAUCAACCACCUCCUAGUGACAACAGCCAGCCAUCCCACCUGGCUGAGAAGUGACCCUUCUUCAAAGCACCUUGGCGCACCCUGACCUCUGCCACUCCUGUCAGUGGGGGCUGUGGCCAAAAGAGACUGCAGAAGCUCAGUUCCCUUCUCCAUUUGCACACGAUGCCCUGCAUUGGAUCCGCUUUUGUAUUUUCUCAUCGUACUCACAGGGGCCCUGGAACAGUGACCAGAUCUCAGGGCCUCGGUGGGGAAGAGGGUGGAUGGUCCAGCUGGGCAUUUUGUCCCUCAGCUGACACUUCCAGUCCCCCUUAGGCUGUGGUACACACUGCCUCCAGCGUCCCCUGUUCAGUUCUCUCCAGCCCGAGGUGAACUGAGGCCCAGAGUGAUAGGGAAGGAAGAAAGAAGGAGAGGCCUCCCCUUGCCCCCUGCUUCACUGUCAGCUAGUGGGGAAAAAGUUGUCUUUCUUAUCUCUAAGCCCUUGUACCCUGGUUCUGUACUGUUCAGUGAAGGAAACUGGUUGCUGAGGCCCUGUCGAAAAGUGCACGUCUUGUCCAAUAAAUCAUGCUGCAA